AUGAUUUUAAAUGUGGCCAUUGUCAAAUCAGAAACACCUUUCAAAUACUUGGAACGGCGGAUGGAACAAUCUAUUAAGAUCAAAACGAUAGUUCCUUUCAAGUCAAUUGAUGGCACAAUCGGGCUCGGUUGUAUUGUCCCUUCAUCGGGCUCGGACUCACCUGGUGGGUUUUGGUCAAAACUGUUCGAGGGCAGACAAGCGCGCGCUCAUGCUCGCGCGGUCGACGACCUGGCGACUAACUGUUUAGCACAGCACUCACUACACACCGAGUACUAC